UGGAGCUGCACCGUCCCCUCCGUCCACGACGACACGCCCCUCAAUGUGCGCAUCUACCACCCCUCCACACUGCCCUCGCAGAGCGACAAGCCAUGGCGGAAGCGGGGCAUUGUAAUGGCGCAUCCAUACGCGCCCAUGGGUGGCUCGUAUGACGACCGCGUCGUGGGCAUCGUGGCCGAGGAGUUUCUCGCGGCGGGCUGGGUCGUGGGCACGUUCAACUUCCGAGGCGCCCACGCAGCCAAAGGACGCACAAGCUGGUCCGGCAAACCCGAGCUCAGCGACUACCACUCCUUCGCCGCCUUCUUCAUGCACUACCUCUCCUACCUGCGCCCGAACCCCCCGCCUGGCGCCGCCUUCACGCCAGACCAACCGCCCGUGCCGCCCACGGUAGCGAUGGACGGGCGCGCACCCAUCGUCGUCCUCGGCGGCUACUCGUACGGCUCUCUCAUCCUGCGCAACCUCCCGCCCCUCCCGUCCAUCCUCCAGCCCUUCGCCGCGCCGACACCAGGCUCCGCAGCCCACGAGAUCCUCCUCACCGCGCACAAACUCGCCGACCAGGACAACCUCGAGUUCAUCAAUGCAGCGCGGGAUACCGAGCGCCGGCGGAGGCGCGGCCACGAGCACAAGCUGUCUGUCAAGAUGGGCGGCGAGGAGACGAGCCCCGGGAUCCGGCGCAGCAGCAGGGAAAUACGACGGAGCGUCGACGGCGGGAGCAGGAGUUUGGAUCUAGGCAGCCGGCUGAGGAGUCUCAGCCAUGGCCAUCAUCAUCGCAGGGGGAAGGAUGCCAGCCCGCAGCCGCAGCCUGCUGCGCCCGAGAAUGGAUCGGUGAUCCAGAUCCCGCAGGUACGCUAUCUGCUCGUGUCGCCGAUCACGCCGCCGACCGCUACGCUUGCUGCGCCUGCGCUCGCACGCGGGUUCUGGAGCAGGGCUGGGGACGGGGAUGCUAGUCUCAAGAUGCAUGAGACGCUGGCGGUGUACGGGGACCAGGAUAUGUUUGCGUCGACGAGGAAGAUGAGGGAGUGGGUUGCGAGGACGGAGGCGGAGAACCAGACUCAGGGGGGCUUCCGCGGCGUGGAGGUCGCGGGUGCGGGUCAUUUCUGGCACGAGCAGGGUGUGGAGCGGGAGUUGAGGGAGGCUCUGCGGGGCUGGGAGAGGCGUGUGAGG